ACAAAGCCCUCCCCACACCAACGGUCAUAUUCUUUCAUGUCUUACCUUCUUCAAAUUCCUUCAACCACUUCUCUUUCUCCUUCAUUUCUCUUUCAAUCUCCAUGAAGACUGUUAUCUAGUCCUGGGGGUCCUUUUCUGUGAGUUGAAAAAGAAAUAUUAAAGGGAACUUUUAUAAGCAAGUCAAUAAGGCUAAUAAUGGGUUGCUUUUUUGCUUGUUUUUCUGCUUCCAAGAAUAAAAAACACCAGCAUUUGGUGGAUGGGACUUUCUCUAAUGAUCAUCAGAAAGGUGAAGCUAUUGAAGCUAUUCAAUCCACUAAGGAAGAAGAUUUUAAGAUACCCUUUGACCCUAUUGCAGUGAAGAAAGAGAAGCUCGGGGAGCUGUUGAACUACAGUGGUAAAAAGAAGGUGACAUUUGAUUUGAAUGUGAGGACUCAUGAUGAGGAAUUGCCUGCUGUGUCUUCUGACAAAUUGUUGAAAAAUCAUGAGGAUGAGGAGAGUAAAGAAACGGCUGAAGGAAGCAGAUCUCCUGUUCUUUAUUUGACUACUUCAAAUGAAAUUUGUAAGUCUCAAAAUGAUAGAUAUCAGAACAGUGCUGAAAGUGAGGAUGAAUUGGAAGAUGUGGAUUUAGAAGUUAGUGAUUUAGAUGAUGAUAAUGAGGAUGGAAAGGCUGAAAAUGAGCCACAAUUGGUCAUAGAAGAGUCAUCUGAGUCACUAUUUUCUUUGUCAAUAGAGUCUAGGAAACAAGUUUGUGAAGUUGAAUCAGAAGAGAAGGAAGUUACAAGUCCAAUGCCAGUUGAUAAAUCACCUAUUGAGGAAGUCAAGCCAACUGGAUUAAAUCGAAAUGGGAAAGAUAAGGGUGCUCAGUACGUUCAAUCAGUUUUGAAUCCAGUGGAAAAUCUUGCUCAGUGGAAAGAAGUCAAAUCAAAAGCAGGCAUGCCAUUGAAGCAGCACGAAAAGGAGAACUUCACUCUAGAGCAAGAAUUUCAUAUACCAGUUAGUCCGGAGCCUAGUUUUAAGUUUACAACUUUCAGUUCAAAACUCUGUUCCAAAGACAACAAGCCGGUAGGCCAAGAAACUGCUGUUGACACAAGUCUUUCCAGCUGGUUAGUGGAACCUGAAAACACACCGAAUUCUAAGGCUAGUACUAAUUCAGUUGGGAAUUCAGCAUCCAAGAAAACAAAUUCACCAAGAAGUCAUGAAGAUAGACCUAUUUUAGGAGCAUUGACAAUGGAAGAGCUCAAACAACAUUCUGCAUCUACAUCCCCAAGAAAGCGCAGGAGCCAGAGUCCAGAUGAAACACCUAUUAUAGGGACUGUUGGGAGCUACUGGAGUCAUACUGGCCAGACAAUAAAUUCUGAUUCAAGCUUUCCUAGCAAAGGAACACCGAGAACAAGGAGCAGAAACAUGCUGGAUGAGAGACUGAAGUGGAAUGCAAUACCAUUUGAGGCGAGGUUGGAGAGAGAUUUGAAGAGAGAGAUUAAAGGGGUAUAACAUGUCUCUGCAAUUAUGAGACGUUCUGGUAGAUGUAAUGUUCUCUUUUUUGCAGCAUUCCUAUGAAUGCUUUUGUUUGUUUAUAUGUUUGCCUGUUGCUUAUUUCCUUUAGUGAAUCUAACUGCUUCUUGUAUUGUAUCUUCCUGAACUUCUCUGUAAAUGAUUUCUUGUUCGAAUAAAGUCUGAUGGUCAAACGGUUGGAUCACGGCAUUA